GAAAAGUGACGACUACCGGCAAAACACUGUGCGCAUUUUUCUCGAUCUGUGGCUUUAUUUUAUAAUUUAUACCAAAAAUACAUUUCACAUUGAGUUCUAAGUGAUUGCUUUGUGUUUAUGAGAUGGAGGAUCACAACAUGAGAUACAGGGAAGUUAUCCCAAAUCAAUCAGUUGAAGAGAAAUGGAAAGAAAUCACACUAACCUUUGGAGGAACACAGAGUACUCUCCAAGAUAUACGCAUUCCUGACAAAGCUGGUGGAUUCGGGUAUGAGAAUAGGUCCUAUCCCGAGAGUCGCAACAGGUUUAUUUACUGGAGGACAUCUCAUGAUGUCCUGGAGUUGUCGGAAAUGAGCCUGGAUCUCAAUUUGAUUGACAACAACGUAAGGUACAAAUUUUCAGAGUCUCCAAUCUUGGCAGUGUCCAUUUGCGAAUUGGUAGAUUUUGUUGUGAUCCUUGUGGCUACUGUAAGUAGUGUCCAUCGAUUGUACUAUCCGCAUCCGAAUCAAUUGCACAAGUCUCAUGGAUUAGACACAAAGUGCAUGUCGAUUUUCAAAGAGGCUUCAGUGACUCAGGCCAGAGAUCCUCUGACUUUUCACAUGAUUGGUACACCAUCAUCAACCAAUCAGCCCAUUGCCCAUUCUGCAGCCUGUGGAAUGGAUCCGAUGGGUUCUGAAGCGUACUUUGCUCUAGCUUGGCAGAAUUCCCUUACACUCUUCACCAUGAACUGCUCAAAUGGGCACACACUGGCAAUGGAAUUGCGUCAAAGUACUGUGGUUCCUAGGAUCCUGUCCAAUUUCACGGGGGUUCUCCGUGGAAAGAAUACCUCAAAUAAUCAAUGCGUAAAUUCACUUGUGUUUUAUUUGAUGGGUGAUGAAAUGGUUCUGUUUGCUCUGUACAGAGAUAAUUUCCUACGGAUGUGGUCCCUGGGAAAUGGACAGUGCUUGGCCACGAUUAAUUGUCAUGAAGAGAGUACAGAGCCAAGAUUUCAGAGUCCUCAGAAUAGUACACUUCGCAGUGGAUGUUCCAAUACAAUUUGCGCUUUUAUGAGUUACACGUCCGGAUGCGAAUUUGUGAUUAUUAGUAUUCUUCCGGAUCCACUUGGGGGCACAAAUCAUAGCCUCAAUCUCAUAAAUAUUAUCUUGGCGCCAAAUUAUGAUCUUGUGGAUUAUCAACUGACAGAAAAUCGCAUCUGGGGACUUUUUUGCAAUUCUGAGGGUGAAUACAAAGUGUCCAGUGUGAGUCUUGUUCCGGGGAAUGGUGUCAAUUGGGUUUCUGCGGGUCUGGAAUCACUUCCAGAUCGUUUCAGUGUGCAAAUGGAAAUGACAACGGAUGCUAGACAAGCCUACUGCUCGUACAUCUUCCAGCCGGGACGUUUCCAGAGGAGUAUCAUUGCCAAGGCUCUUGUAACAUUCAGACGAUCAAAUAUUCUUCCGGAUACAAAUUAUCCGAUAAAUUUGCUCAAAGAUCGCGUUUGCAAUGCAGUAGCCACGGAGAUUGAGAAUGAAAUACGUGGUUUGGAGUUACCUGAUGAGGAAUACAUUGAGAUUUCUUUGCAAUUCUGGGAGAGAUUCUAUUCAUGCUGUGAACAGUAUCACAUGAAAGCCUGUCAGCCAAUUGGUUUGAUUCCUCUUGAGCUGGAAUCUCUCGAAACAGUGUGCAUCGUGAAGAAGAAUAUGUUCUCUUUACUCCGUCAAUGUGAAUUCCUGGAGCACUGUAUGUUGUCCGGAAGUCAGGAUGCUGAAGAUCUUGGUCAAAUUCCAAAAGAUUUUGCCGGCAAUUCCCAAAAGAUGGACAAUUUGAUGAAAUUGGUGACAAUUUUGGCGGAUAUUGAACAACAAAUUCCCGAUGAGGAUAAAUUGGAUAUUGACAGAAGACUCUAUCAGCUGCAAAUGCCCAUUAAUAUUGUCGAUAAACUCGUGGAGGAUAUGCUAGCGGGAGAACAUGAUAAAACUCCCCUCAGUCGAACUUUUCUCACGCAAAUCCGUCAGCAAGCGUUGAAUAUCAAGAACGUUCCCGAGGCAAUGCAUACUCUCCUGGAAGCCCUGCGAUUGGACUUUGGAUCGCAUGAAGAUAUGCAGGCACUGCCUGAUCCCUUGGAACAAAUCUCACAGAGUCACGUGAGGAAUCUCUUUGCCAGCCAAUUUGGCAUUUCCCUCGUGGCUGAGUCCCUUCAGCAAAUUGCCACAAUUCGAUAUAUUUUGUGCAGGAAUCUCCUGAUUCUGCAGCACAUCCUCAUUGACACCACAGCGCUGUCCAGUGAUAUCCUAGAGAAUAUUCGAUCACAUAAAAUCCCAGAGACAGAAGUCUUUGUCCAGGCUUACUUUGUCAUUGUGUGGAUAGCUAAGACUUCGGCUGAUCCGGGUUUGAUGAGCAAUGCCCUAGAUAGCAGUAUCAAUCGCCUAAAUAACUUGCACCUGUCCGAUGCGAGGCAGUAUCUUCUGAAGACAACUCAACCCUGCUCGCUACUGGAGCUCUUUCUCAAGAGCAAGGGAUGGCAAAUGACACUAGAGCACUACGUAUCCGGAAACUAUCGCAUGUUGAUGGACAACAAACAACAGAUGACUCUGCUUCCACUGGCCACAAUUGUGGGUCAAUUGGUGUGGCCGGUAUCGGGAAAUUUUGCUUUUGGAGCUUGGUUAAUUGGAAGUUGUCAGCACAUCCAUAUUCAGGAUUAUGUGAGGCUGCUGAAUGGAUGGUGCGAAUGGAACAAUUGUUCUCGCCAAUUUAUCCUGGGUGUAUCGAUGUUGGAUAGUGGAGAAGUUGAGAAAGCUUACGAUCUGUUCAUUCAAGCUUCACGGGGGGUUUAUACGGAGCCCUUUUUGAUGGACAAGAUCAUUGGGCAGGAUGUGGAUGGGGAAGUGACGACAGGAGAGGCCAUUGUUAUGUAUUACUUGAAAGUGAUUCGACUUUUUGAGCAAUACAAUGCUCUGCAUUGUGUCAUCAGAUUGGCUCAGAGUGCCAUUCAAUUGCUCAUGCCAAAGCAUCCACAAUUGGCCAUGUUUCAGUCGAUCAUGUUUACUAAUCAUUUGGCUUUGAAUCAUUAUGAGGAGGCGUAUCAUGCGCUCAUUUCCAAUGUUGAGCCAUCGAGGAGGAAGGAUUACUUGAGGGAAUUGGUGAUGUGUUUAUUUCACAAGAAACGCUUGGAUCUCUUGAUGCGUUUCCCGUAUAUUGGACUUCAGGAUGAACUUGAGAGUAUUAUUGAGACAAGGGCACGUUCGAUGCCCAUUGAGGAUAAUAUUCACUACAAUUUUUUGUAUGCUUUCUUUAUCACAAAAGACAAUGUCCGGAAAGCCGCUGCGGUAAUGUAUGAGCAGGCCAUGAGAUUUGGAUAUGAAAGUAAUUCACUCGAUGCCAUGCAGUAUCGCUAUGAUUGUCUCCUGGCAUGUGUCAAUGCGCUGCAUUUGGUGGACAAACAGUAUGCCUGGAUAGCCAAACCGGUGAGCAGUAAGGAGGACAAUGGUCAGGUGGAUAAGGUGAUUGUGUUGGAAAUUGAGGAUAUCAGACGGGAAUUGCAUCAAAUUGAAGCAACAAUAAUUCUCUCAAAACAUCGUCGGGAACUCAGUACGAUUCUCAAAGUGGGCCCGGAUGAAUUAGUUGCACUCCUGGCAACAUCAAGACUCUUCACGGCUGCCGUCAAAUUGGCCAGAGCCUUCAAAAUAACUCCGACAAUUGUCAUGGAAAAUCUAGCUUCGGCUUGUGUUCAUGCAUCAUCGGAACAGAGCAAUGAAGUUUGGAUGUGGCUGCAGGAAAAUGACCUAGCAGAUCUUCCCCUCAAGAAUUCCCCAAUGGCCAUGGCGUGGAAUUUACUGGAGAAAUUGCUGGUGGAAAAUGAAGUUUCCGGAACGACAAUUCUGCGUAGGAGUGUCGCCAAGAGAAUUCUCCAUUUAGGCGCAUUCUUGCCCCAUUGGCUCUUUCUGUCGUACAAAAAGGACAAUCCCAGUGAACUCUUGCAUCUCUUUGUCAUCCAUGGGCAUCUGGUGGAAGCUACGGAUUUCGCUGUGGCCUACAUAACGUCCAUGCUAGGCAAUAACUAUGAAGCUUUUGGCCUCAGAAAUUCCCUACUGUCCAAUGAAGCUGCCCUCUGUUUUCCCGUUCAAGACAUUGAUCUCCUCCUGCAUGCCCUUAAGCUCAAUUUUGACUACGACACUGAGUACGAGGAAGCCCACAAGAAACUCAUAAACAUUGUUGAUGAAUACCUUCAGGCAGCAGAAAGUGUCUCAAACAAUAAAAUUCAGUAUGAACUUCAGAGGUCUUAGCCAUUUAUUUUAUAAAAACAAUUUCAUUCUUUUUUUUUUUUCAAAUAAAAAAGUUUUCAAGCAAAA